UGAUCCACAAACCAUGACCUCGUCUCGUCAUCUGUACAUUCUCUUCGUUACUCUAGGCAUUCUAGCCAUCGCAUCAGCUACAUAUUCAAAGUACGGAGUGACAAACUUGGAUUCAGUUAUUCGUUCACACAGCAGCCCACUGGAUAUCAAAUUAGAGUCUACCCGAACCUAUCACGAUGUCAUGUCAGAAUUAGAUUCUUUCCUCUCCAACUCGUCGCAGUACAACAAGGAAGUGCUUCCUCACAACGCUGGUGCGACGCUGGGGAGCACAAGAAAGACCGGUACUAACGUCAGCAUCUGGGCAACAGUUCUCUAUGUUGGAGACAUCACAGAAGCCAUGGAUUUUACAGUUGAUAUGAUGCUUUCUCAAAGUUGGAUAGACCCAAGACUACAAAAUCUAAUACCAGAAUCCCUAUCUUAUCUUGUUAUCCACGGUGAACUCAUAAACAAGUUUUGGUUGCCCCUCACAAUCGUCAGCAAUGGAAAGAAUACGAGAGUUCACACGGCUCCGGGUACAAACAGCGUUCUUACACUCCAACAGAAUGGAACAGUGAUUUACACAAUAAGAAUUGAGACGACCUGUUGGUGUCGACUCGAUUUGUCACAUUAUCCGUUCGACAACCAAACAUGUCAGAUAGUAUUCGAGCAAUUCGGUUAUCGCAAGUUCGAGGUUCAGUACAAAUUACCCAACACAGUCCGACCUCUGGUGUUCUCUCCUCUCUGCUCCUAUCCCACAAGAUUCAAACUUUUAGAAAAACGUAUAGUGUUCACACCGUCUUCCCGCAAAUACAACUACUAUUACAAUUAUUGCAACAUGUCAUCAUCGUCGUCGUCGUCGUCGUCUGAGCCAUCUAAAGUUGUUGAUGACUGUCUGAUUGACAGUACUUCCAUUUUGGAAAUCAAGUUCCCGUUUGUACGCAAUGCAGAACCAAUUAUUAUCCAAUCUCACCUUCCUGCGUGCCUGAUUGUGAUCAUAUCUUGGCUUGGAUUCUACGUCAACCGCGACUCAAGAUUCGGUCUUGGUGUGUCUCUUGUGCUCGCACUCUCCGCUCUUAGUUUCUCUUCCGGACGAACCCAAAACUUGGGUUCAAUCACAGGGACAGACAUUUAUAGGUUUGCCUGUUUCCUUUUCGUCUUCUUCAGUUUAGUGGAGUAUGGAGUUGUCCAGUUCCUUGGCAAUCGACAUAGAAGCAAGCAAAGAGAAAAUCAAGCCAAAGAGACUGAUUCUUCUCAAUCAAACUACAACACGUCUGGGAAAACAAGCCAAAGAAAGCGAAACAAACCAAUUUGGGAGAGAAGAGUGUUUAGCACCACAGAACACACAGCUAUUGACAUGGAAGAUUUCAGUAAUGACCACAAUCUAUCAGUUAGCCUCCUUUCUGCUAGUGAAGAACUUAACCAACCACCAGAAACUACUGAGGAUGCAAAAGAUACAAGAGAUACAGAGUAUAGUUCAAGAACCUCAACCACAGGAGCCAGGCCUAAGAUUUCGACCUCAGCAAAAGCACAUGUUGACACAACAAUGACUAAGAAGAUCGAUUUCGUGUCAAGAUGUGUUCUGCCCUCUCUUUUCUUGAUCUUCAACAUUAUAUACUGGUCAGCUUUCCUAAACAGGUACAAUGCUGUCCUACAUGAAAAAAUUGGCGAUGAGAAGACUUGAGAAAAUUCUUCUUCAAAGAGAACUGAUUUCCAUAAGAAUGCUGUCAUUUAAAUGAACAUUAGCAAUUGACCAACUACAGUCACACAACUUGCUGUUCAACCACACUGACACGAUAUUAAAAUCCUUGCAAAAAAACCUUUUGCA